GCAGCACCUCUUUCUCUCCCUCGCUCUUUCCUUCCCCGCCAAACAGAUUCUUCCCCUCCAAUAUUUCAAGGUCCGACAAUGCCCCCAAACAAAGUUCGCUUCUCACCCACUGUCUCCCGUUCCCACACCCCACCGCACUCGCCUUCGCCAACCCCCUCCAGCUCAUCGAUCCUCUACAACACCGAUGAUGACCAGGACUCCGACGACGAUGAUUCCGUACGCCGGAACCUCCUUCCGACAAUUGCACGACCAUUGGUACGCCGUCGCAGACGGCUGGGUAAGCGGAAUGCAUGGAUGAAGUUUGGGAUGACGGUCUUGCUGGCCGCAGCUUUACUAGGUCUAGGAGUUUUGUUCGGGGUUAUCUUUUGGGAGAAUGAGGAGGGGAUUGUUGAUGAUGGAAUUCUGGUGGAUGCGCCGAGGGGGGCGGUUAGUAGUGAUGUUCUUACCUGCUCAAGAAUUGGCGUGGAGCUUUUGAAGAAGGGCGGGAAUGCAAUUGAUGCUGCUAUCGGGACCGCGGCAUGCAUUGGGGUUGUGAACAGCUUUGCCAGCGGCAUCGGCGGUGGGGGGUUCAUGGUUGUACGCGAGGGUGAUGGGCGAUCUAAAGCUUAUAAUUUCAGGGAAACAGCGCCGGGGAGUGCUUCCCGGGAUAUGUACAGUGGUGAUCCACUGAAAGCACGGGUCGGCGGUCUCGCAGUAGCAAUCCCCGGAGAGGUCCACGGGUAUGCUACGGCACAUGCCCGGUCUGGCCGGCUACCCUGGCAAGAGAUUUGGCAGCCGUCGAUAGACCUGGCAAGAAGGGGUUUCCACAUCCCGCCGAUGCUGGCGGGAAUCAUGGCCAAGGAGGCGCCGUUCUUUCGACAGCAUAGGGAGGAAUGGGAAUUUUUGUUCAGUCAGGAAACCGGUGAGCUCUUACAAGUUGGAGAGCUUAUGAAGAGGGAGGCGUACGCACGCACGCUCGAAGUUAUUGCCGGCAAGGGGGAGUAUGCUCGCGGUGGGGUGUAUUCCGGAGUGAAGCAAUUCUAUAACGGAAGCAUUGCGGAACGAAUUGUUGAGGCUGCAAACAAGCAUGGUGGUAUAUUGACUACCGAGGACUUUUCGAGGUAUUUUACGAUCGUCGAGGAUACGGUCAGAACACACUUUCACGGACGGGAGGUUAUUACCUGCCCACCCCCUUGCAGCGGGGCCGUAUUGAUCGAGGGAUUGAAUAUCGCUGAAAAGCUGGACAUAAGCGAUCCCGAUAAGUCACUAUCGUACCAUUAUUUAGUGGAAAUAAUGAAGUGGAUAUCCGCAGGGCGCACCGAACUGGGAGAUCCUGCGGACCCGGUGGUAGCGUCCAAUUCCAAGAGGAUACACCAACUGCAAAGCAAAUCCUACGCGGAAGCUGUUCGGGCAAACAUAUCCGCUGACACCACCUACUCGUGGGAACACUACAAUCCAGCGUACGAGCCAGUAGAUCCCAAAGGAACCUCGCACCUAUCCGUGUUGGACAAUUACGGGAAUGCCGUAGCCCUCACCACCACCGUGAACCUGUACUGGGGCGCCAAAGUUCAUGACCCACAAACCGGGAUCGUCCUAAACUCGGAGAUGGACGACUUUUCCAUCCCUGGUCGCUCAAACGCGUAUCGUCUCGAACCGUCCAUAUAUAACUACAUCAUCCCCUACAAGAGGCCGUUAUCAUCCACCACUCCCACCAUCAUCGUCGAGGAGGACGGGGCGCCCGGACUAGUCAUUGGUGGCUCGGGCGGCUCGCGAAUUGUCACAGGUGUAUUCCAGGCCAUCGUGAAGAAUUACCUGUGGGGAUAUAAUCUUUUGGACACCAUCAAGAGUCCUCGGUUGCACCACCAAUUGAUUCCAGAGGUGGUGUCCGCCGAGCGCGGCACCGAGAAAUGGAUCCUCGAGGGCCUUGAAGAGCGUGGGCACGUCAUUGGGCUAAGAGGCAUCGGAGAAGCUUCUGGCGGGAGCGUCAUCCAGGUGGUGAAGGGCAUGGACAGCGGUCGAGUGGAGGCUGUGGCUGAUUGGUGGAGAAAAGGAGGUAGGGCUGCCGGGUAUUGAAUUGAAUGGAUAGUGGUCAACCCGCGGGGGUGGGGUAAGUUUGAUGCUUGAGCAACGCUGACCCUACAGUAUGACGGAAACGAGGGUCUUGUUGAAGGGAAUUUUCAUGCUCAUCUCAACCACUCUACCCCUCCGAUACGCCAGUAAAUAAGUAUCAUAACCUUGAUAGAGCAGGUGCAAGUAACUGUGUAGGCAUGAGUUGCGAUUACAUAGAAAUAC